AGAGCAGCAGCAGUCAAUCAUCAUGAUACGUGGCGGUCUUGCGUGUACUCGCCCCGCGCGAUCUCGAUCACGAAGGACAUCCCUUGGGUAAAAAUGCGGUCCCGGAAAACUGCUGUGGUUUCCGGAAAGGCGUGUGGUAGGCGGCUAGAGACACCUCCGGAGGCGGGGCUGAUGAAUACAUUGAUUUCGAACUCGGUGCGCCUGAGUUCGGUCAUGUAAGUCACGAGGAUCUCAUUGGCACCACUCGCGUCGGCGAACGACGUGGUGCGGGGCUCUGGAAAGCGUUGGACGAGGACAGAC